UGUUUAAAGCAAGGAUCGAUCGUUGCACAGAUUGUAAAUCCGUUCGAGGGUUUUUUAUUUUUGUGGAGGUUUUAGUUUUCUGGGUGAUUAUCAACCUAGAAUUAUCGAUUUAGGUUUUCAAUACUCUCUCCAAUAAAAAUGGGGGGAAUGUCGUCUGAUAACGUUCAUGGACUUGUAUUAGCUCUAUCUUCAAGUGUAUUUAUUGGAUCAAGCUUUAUUAUCAAGAAAAAAGGUCUCAUGAAAGCUGGUGCUACAGGAACUAGAGCAGGUUCAGGAGGCUAUUCGUACUUGAAGGAACCCUGGUGGUGGGCUGGGAUGGUGAGCAUGAUCAUAGGUGAGGUAGCAAAUUUCGCUGCUUAUGCAUAUGCUCCAGCAAUUCUUGUAACACCAUUAGGAGCUUUAAGUAUGAUAAUCAGCGCAGUUUUAGCCCAUUACUUUUUGGACGAAAGGUUGCAUAUCUUUGGUGUAGUUGGGUGUGCACUCUGUUUGGUGGGAUCGACCACAAUUGUCUUGCAUGCUCCACAGGAGACCCAAGUUAGUUCAGUUAAAGAAGUUUGGUUCUUUGCAACGGAACCAGGAUUUCUGGUCUAUGCCCUCAUUGUUUUGGUUUUUGUUGGCAUACUCAUAUACCGUUAUGUGCCACUCUAUGGAGGGACACACCUAAUCAUAUAUGUUGGAAUUUGCUCUCUUAUGGGCUCCCUCACGGUUAUGUGUGUGAAAGCGGUGGGAAUCGCCAUGAAGCUAUCGUUUUCAGGAAGCAAUCAGUUCGUAUACUUCCAAACAUGGUUUUUCACCGUGCUACUUAUUGUUUUUGUUCUCAUGCAACUCAACUAUUUGAACAAGGCACUAGACACCUUCAAUACUGCUGUGAUUUCUCCAGUUUACUAUGUCAUGUUUACAAGCCUCACCAUCUUAGCUAGCAUGAUCAUGUUUAAGAACUGGGAUCAUCAAAAUGCAUCACAGAUUGUAACUGAACUCGGUGGUUUUGUAACUAUUUUCUCGGGGACUUUUCUUCUUCACAAAACUAAGGAUAUGGGAACUCCAGCCAUGGAAUUACCUAAACUUUCAAAUGCAACAACCAGAAGCCCGAAUCAAAGCCCCAGGCGGCCUGAACCGUGAACUGUCACUGCACAGGUGGUUUGUGGUGGUGGACUUGGUGGUAGACCGGAAGUUUUAGACCUGGACCCAAGCUCCAGCAGCCGGAAUUCUGAAAUGUCACUGGUGUUGGUGGUUUUGUG